GACUGGAUAUCUUUCUCCAGAAAUGUCUCCUUAACACACUGCCCGUUUAGUCAGUGUAUUAAUGAGGAUGUUGGAGUAAAUGUCUCAUAUUCCGGUUUACAUUCAUCUCACUACAGUCAGCUUGACUCAUCGAACGCAUCCGCAUGAACGUUGUGGAGUUCGAUCGAUUGUUCAUGUCUUGAACUGGUCCGUCUAAUAUUAUCAUCCCCCGCGUGUAAACUACAGCGGAAGAAGUCGUUACUAAAGAGCGAAGAAAAAAAGCUACGAACAUCCUUAUCAUCAUCUAAAGUAUGAUUUUAUUAAAGUAGAGUUAAGUAGCAGUCACCAUGGGAACAGAGGAGAGUUUCUGUCCGAGUGAAGAGGAGAUUGAGAAGUGGAUGUCCAGCGCAUUUGAUAUGGCGAGAGAGGCUCUGCAGAACGGAGAGGUGCCGGUCGGAUGUCUGCUCGUCUACAACCAUGAAGUGGUGGGAAAAGGGAGGAACGAAGUCAACGAGACCAAAAAUGCCACACGUCACGCUGAGAUGGUCGCCCUGGAUCAGCUGCAGGACUGGUGUCGCCAUAGUAACCUGGAUGUGAGGUGUGUGUGUGAGCGUACAGCGCUGUACGUAACCGUGGAGCCAUGCAUCAUGUGUGCUGCUGCCCUGCGCCUCUUCAAACUGCCGGUGGUCGUGUUCGGCUGCAGGAACGACCGGUUCGGAGGCUGUGGGUCCGUGCUGGACGUCGCCUCUGCAGAUUUACCUCUCACCGGAAACACAUUUAAGUGUGUCUCAGGUCACAGAGCAGAAGAAGCUGUGGAGAUGUUGAAGACUUUCUACAGGCAGGAGAAUCCAAACGCCCCGAAACCCAAAACAAGGAAGGAGUGACGGAGCUCUCCCGGAAAUAUCAGCUGUAACAUCUUGAGUUUAUUCACCUUUUUCAUCAUCACUUUUGUUAAAUAAAUGUCAUUAUAAAUUGUG